ACGUACGGCGCGCGUCGCACUCGGAAGCUCCGGGCGGCGCCAUCAUGUCGACGGCCAUGAACUUUGGGUCCAAGAGUUUCCAGCCGCGGCCCCCGGACAAGGGCAGCUUCCCGCUGGAUCACUUCGGCGAAUGUAAGAGCUUUAAAGAGAAGUUCAUGAAGUGCCUUCGCGACCGCAAUUUUGAAAACGCUUUGUGCAGAAAUGAAUCCAAAGAAUAUCUGGAAUGCAGGAUGGAGAGGCAGCUAAUGGCGCAAGAACCGCUGGAGAAGCUGGGGUUCGGAGAUCUCAUAGAUGGGAAGUCAAAGACCAAAACCCAGUCUUGAUGGGAGGAAGGCCGCCGGCUGUGUCGGGGGUCGUCGGGGACGGAGUGUGCUGCAUGGACCUGUCACCCUGACUGCGUACUUCCUGGGGAGUGUGAGUUAGAAAGGGGCUCUUGGAAUGUCCUUGAAACAGUCAGGUGAUGUCAGAGUAGGCAUCCUCUCUGGUGCACCCGUAGCCAGGAUGCGGCUUGUCUCUGGAAGCUUCCCAGAUUAUUCUGAACAGUUACUGUUCUUUUUAGAUUCUCAUUUUCCCCAGGGGUGUAAGGCUUCAUCUUGAAAUCCAAGUAUGUGACAGUGUCCCCAGGGAGGCCCGUGACAGACAGGAGGCCAGCGUGUUGAGCACCGACUGGGUCAGUGAGCGGCACCUCGGCCCUCCUGUGAGGUGAUGAGUUUCCAUGAUGAGACGCUGUGCGUCUUUUCAGGGCUGACGUGCUGAACGCUCACGAACCUCUGUUGUGUAGACGGACACUGUCAGAAAACCAUUCCCCAACAGAGUGGUUUCCUUUUGUAUUUGUAAACAUAUAUGCUAGCUUAUUUCCUUUUUUUUUUUUUUAACAAAAUAAGUAUACAAACUAGGAAGUGAGUAAUAGAAGUCGCCUGGCUUUGGACGUAUUUGACGUCUUGAUCUUUUCUUCAUAAUGCCCGAAUCCCGCGUAUCUUUCUGAUCAAGGGGUUGUUUUCUGAUUUGUAUCAGACUAUAUUUAUAAAACUAGAUGUUUGAUUUGAAUAACUCCUUCAUUGUAACUCUGGAAAAUAGAAUGUCAGUACAUUUGCGGUGUGGCUUACAUGGUCGUCUUCCCAUUUCUUUACUCUAAGAACACCCACACCUGCCUCUGGGUCCCCGAGCGUGUGCUGGAGGAUGUCCUGUAGCAUCACGGUUCCAUCCACCAGUGCUGAGAGCAGUCGUUCUCGGCCGGGCUGUUUCCAGAAUUGACUGCAGGUCAUUUAAACCUCACAGGUGUCCAAACCCUCAGCCAGGGUUUCUGGGGUGAUUGGGAGUGUGGCCAGGGUUCAGAACCAUGGGCAGAAGGCUCUGGGCCUGUUUCCCCUCGGACCUGCCCCCGUCGGUUGCUUUCCUCAGCUCCCGGUCAGCUGGCUUUCGUCCUGGUGUGGCCAGUGGCGGAUGGUGUUGGCAGAAUCCAGGGUGUGUCCCUUCUGGGCUCUGAGUCUUCUCCAGGCUCUCGAAGGUGAGGGCAGCCGGCCUAGAUUCCCACCUGGGCUCCAGGAAGUCACCGCCCUCUGCUCCUCGGCUGUGGGUGGCAGAGGCGUCUCGCCCGCAUCUGUCCUCUGCGGUAACGUCCCUCUCUUUUCAGUCCGAGGUGGUGCGUGUCUCCUGGUCGGGCCCUGCCUGUAUCACGUCCCUCCCACGGCUGGUUCCAUCUCGCUCAGCGCCCUUUACCAUGUUCACGGUUUAGCUCCAACUCCUGCCAUCUGCAGCUUGUCGCUGCUCAUUAUGUGGUCUCUGUCUUACGCUUCUAGUUGUGCUGCAGGUUUUUUUGCAUAUUAUUGCCUAGUUUAUGAAAAGUCUUGAUUUUUUUUUAAGAUUUUAUUUUUUCAUUUUUCUCCCCAAAGUUCCCCAGUACCUAGUUGUAUAUUCUUAGUUGUGUGUCCUUCUAGUUGUGGCAUGUGGGACGCUGCCUCACUGUGGCCUGAUGAGCGGUGCCAUGUCCACACACAGGAUUCGAACCGGUGAAACCCUGGGCCGCCUCAGCAGAGCGCUUGAACUUAACCAUUCGGCCACGGGGUCGGCCCCAAAAGUCUUGAUUUUUAUUGCCAACUGAGCCAUCAAACUAUUUUGUGCUUUCUAACAGUACAGAAGGACGCAUGCACAAGGUUAUUCGUUGCGGCCCUUUUUGUAAUUACAGAGCAUUGAAGUGGCCCCAAUGCCCGUGCAUGCGAGUCCUCGCAUCUCCCGUGUCUCCUCACAGCGGGCGCUGCAGCCGCAGCAGGGAAGUGGGGAGAAGGGUGGGGACCCACACUGGCCAAACCCACACGGAGCAACUUCACACAGGAACAUGCUGUGAGCUGAGGACAGCAGAGUCCCAGAGGAUAUCUAGUGUGUUAAAGAGAAAGAGAG